GUGCUCCGAGCGCUCCUUCGGGCACUGGUGCGGCGGCCUCGGCAGCGGUUGGCGGCGAGCAGAAGCCCGAACCCCGGCCCAGCCGCAGCGCGCAGAGAAGCCCGAGCUGUGCUGGGAGCUGGACGGCCACGUCCGGACAGGACCGACACUCUGCUUAGCGCAUUGCGGUGACCUCGCCUUCCUCCACUGCGAGCGCGCCGCAGCUGGAAAAGCGGCGGAGACCAAGGACUUUUCUCCGGUCCGGGCAGAGGCGCCCCGCAGAGCGCACUAUAGCGGUGCUGCAGUCGGGCUCGCGACGCCGGGGCCCCCGCAGGACGAUGGAGCCGGGUCUGCAAGAAGCGUGAGGCGCGGCUGCCGGGUUCUGGAGAAGGGGGGCACGGGGUCUGGAGACCCCCGGCGGCGGACGGGAGCCCUCCCCCCGCCCCGCCUCCGGGGCACCAGCUCCGGCUCCAUUGUUCCCGCCCGGGCUGGAGGUGCAGAGCACCGAGCGCCACCGGGAGUCGAGCGUCGGCCGCGGGGCUCUCGCGACCCCGCCAGCACCCGAACGGAGCCUGAGGGCGACGGGUCGGAGCGGGGGACGCGGACUCUCCAGAGGACUCUCCUCAACGCCGAGUGAGAGUCAGCUUGAGAAGAAGGGUUGAGCUCAGGGUGGAGUAUCCAUGGAGGUGUGGAGCCUUCUCACCACCCUCUAACUGCAGAACUGGGAUGUGGAGCUGGAAGUGUCUCCUCCUCUGGGCUGUGCUGGUCACAGCCACACUCUGCGCUGCCAGGCCAGCCCCAACCUUGCCUGAAGAAGCCCAGCCCUGGGGAGCCCCUGUGGAAGUGGAGUCCCUCCUGGUCCACCCUGGUGACCUGCUGCAGCUUCGCUGCCGGCUGCGGGACGAUGUGCAGAUCAUCAACUGGCUGCGGGACGGGGUGCAGCUGGCGGAAAGCAACCGCACCCGCAUCACAGGGGCAGAGGUGGAGGUGCGGGACUCUGUGCCCGCAGACUCUGGCCUCUACACUUGCGUGACCAGCAGCCCCUCCGGCAGUGACACCACCUACUUCUCCGUCAAUGUUUCAGAUGCUCUCCCCUCCUCUGAGGAUGACGAUGACGAUGAUGACUCCUCUUCAGAGGAGAAGGAGACAGAUAACACCAAACCAAACCGUAUGCCUGUAGCUCCAUAUUGGACAUCUCCAGAAAAGAUGGAAAAGAAAUUGCAUGCUGUGCCAGCUGCCAAGACAGUGAAGUUCAAAUGCCCUUCCAAUGGGACACCUUACCCCACGCUGCGCUGGUUGAAAAAUGGCAAAGAAUUCAAACCUGACCACAGGAUUGGAGGCUACAAGGUCCGUUAUGCCACCUGGAGCAUCAUAAUGGACUCCGUUGUACCCUCGGACAAGGGCAACUACACCUGCAUUGUGGAAAAUGAGUAUGGCAGCAUUAACCACACCUACCAGCUCGACGUCGUUGAGCGAUCCCCACACCGCCCCAUCCUGCAAGCGGGGUUGCCUGCCAACAAGACAGUGGCCCUGGGCAGCAAUGUGGAGUUCAUGUGCAAGGUGUACAGUGAUCCCCAGCCUCACAUCCAGUGGCUAAAGCACAUCGAGGUGAACGGGAGCAAGAUUGGUCCCGACAACCUGCCUUAUGUCCAGAUCCUGAAGACUGCCGGAGUUAAUACCACCGACAAAGAGAUGGAAGUGCUUCACUUAAGGAAUGUCUCCUUUGAGGACGCUGGGGAGUAUACGUGCUUGGCGGGUAACUCUAUCGGACUCUCCCACCACUCUGCAUGGCUGACCGUUCUGGAAGCCCUGGAGGAGAGGCCGGCAGCGAUGGCGUCGCCCCUGUACCUGGAGAUCAUCAUCUACUGCACUGGGGCCUUCCUCAUCUCCUGCAUGGUGGGCUCCGUCAUCAUCUGCAAGAUGAAGAGCAGCACCAAGAAGAGUGACUUCCACAGCCAGAUGGCUGUGCACAAGCUGGCCAAGAGCAUCCCCCUACGCAGACAGGUGUCGGCCGACUCCAGUGCCUCCAUGAACUCUGGGGUCCUGCUGGUCCGGCCCUCACGGCUGUCUUCCAGUGGGACCCCCAUGCUCGCCGGCGUCUCUGAGUAUGAGCUUCCUGAAGACCCUCGCUGGGAGCUGCCUCGGGACAGACUGGUCUUAGGCAAACCCCUGGGAGAGGGCUGCUUUGGGCAGGUGGUGUUGGCCGAGGCCAUUGGGCUGGACAAGGACAAACCCAACCGCGUGACCAAAGUGGCUGUGAAGAUGUUGAAGUCCGAUGCAACAGAGAAAGACCUGUCAGACCUGAUCUCAGAAAUGGAGAUGAUGAAGAUGAUCGGAAAGCACAAGAACAUCAUCAACCUGCUGGGAGCCUGCACACAGGACGGUCCGCUGUACGUCAUCGUGGAGUACGCCUCCAAGGGCAACCUGCGGGAGUACCUGCAGGCCCGCAGGCCCCCAGGUCUGGAGUAUUGCUACAACCCCCGCCACAGUCCGGAGGAGCAGCUAUCCUCCAAGGACCUGGUCUCCUGUGCCUACCAAGUGGCCCGAGGCAUGGAGUACCUCGCCUCCAAGAAGUGCAUACACCGAGACCUGGCUGCCAGGAAUGUCCUGGUGACAGAGGACAAUGUGAUGAAGAUUGCAGACUUCGGGCUGGCCCGGGACAUUCACCACAUCGACUACUAUAAAAAGACCACCAAUGGCCGGCUACCCGUGAAGUGGAUGGCUCCUGAAGCGCUGUUUGACAGGAUCUACACCCACCAGAGUGAUGUGUGGUCUUUUGGGGUGCUUCUGUGGGAGAUCUUCACUCUGGGCGGCUCCCCGUAUCCUGGCGUGCCCGUGGAGGAGCUUUUCAAGCUGCUGAAGGAGGGUCAUCGCAUGGACAAGCCCAGUAACUGCACCAAUGAACUGUACAUGAUGAUGCGGGACUGCUGGCACGCCGUGCCCUCACAGAGACCCACCUUUAAGCAGCUGGUGGAAGACCUGGACCGCAUUGUGGCCUUGACUUCCAACCAGGAGUAUCUGGACCUGUCGAUGCCUUUGGACCAGUACUCCCCCAGCUUUCCUGACACCCGAAGCUCCACCUGCUCCUCAGGGGAGGAUUCUGUCUUUUCUCAUGAGCCAUUGCCUGAGGAGCCCUGUCUGCCCCGACACCCACCCCAGCUUGCCAAUGGUGGACUCAAACCACGCUGACUCCCACCUAUCACACAGUAACCCUCACCCACAACUCCCUACUGGGCCCACUGCCUGUCCCUGCCCCCUUUCCUGCUGGCAGGAGCCGGCUGCCUGCUUGCGGCCUCCCCGUGUGACCCUCGUCCGCCCCACUGAGCUUGCCUCUUCCUCCUCUUCCUCUCAACCUGCUUCAAGGGAGAGGAGCAGAGAAGCAGGUCCUUGCUGAUGGACACUUUGUUCCUUCCCAAAUGCUGGACCAAGACCCCUCCCUGCCACUGGGUGCUGCCUGCUGGGCAGUGGGGGAUGAACUGCAUGCAAGGCAGAGCUUCCUGAGCUUUCCUGUGUUGGUUUUCUCGGUUUCACCUUAACCCGUGAGGCCCUUGCAUUCUGGUGGCAGGUGCCUUGUCCUCAGGGCCACAGCAGAAAAGAGGUCGACGCUUUGGGCUUUGACUGAAGACCACCUUUCCUCUAGAUAGAUGGUGCCAGUAGCUUAUUAAUUCCAAUACUAAUUUGCUUUGCUGACCAAAUACAUGGUACCAGAAGAUGGUGGGGCAGAGAGGCAGGGAAGCAUUGUUGUGGCCCUUGGGCCCAGCCCCGAACUGGGGGCUUUGUACAUAGCUAUGAAGAAAACACAAAGUGUAUAAAUCUGAGUAUAUAUUUACAUGUCUUUUUAAAAGGGUCGUUACCAGAGAUUUACUCAUUGGGUAAGAUGCUCCUGGUGGCUGGGAGGCAUCAGUUGCUAUAUAUUAAAAACAAAGAAAAAAGAAAAAAAAAGGAAAAUGUUUUUAAAAGGUCAUAUAUUUUUUGCUACUUUUGCUGUUUUAUUUUUUUAAAUUAUGUUCUAAACCUAUUUUCAGUUUAGGUCCCUCAAUAAAAAUUGCUGCUGCUUCAUUU